ACCGAGGUAAAGUUCACAAACCGGGACACUACUUCCAGUUUUGUGGAGUUCGUAUACCGAAUCAUUUGUAAACAGGGCUGUUCUUCAACCAAGGCACCACUGUAGUAUUAGUAUUAGUAUUAAAAUGUAUUAAGUAUGGGGAAUUUGCUUUGGGGGGAAAUGUGCAUAUCAAGGGAAACUAUGCUUAAAAUAAAUUAGGAGAAAUCCACACUAAAAUAUGGAUUGAUUUUCCACAGGGACCUCUUAAUUAAAUAAAUUGCCAAAAUAGAUAGAUAAAUAGAUGGAUGGAUAGAUAGAUAGGAAAUGUGGCAAGCAGAACUGAAGACUGCAAAAAUGCAGAACUGAGAGAAGCCAAAAAUGGAGAGAUUUGCCCAUCCUUAAAGUCUGCACAAAGGGACGCGGGUGACGCUGUGGUGUAAACCACUGAGCCUUGGGCUUGCCGAUUGGAAGGUACAAAUCGUCGGCGGUUUGAAUCCCCACGAGGGGGUGAGCUCCCGUUGUUCGGUCCCUGCUCCUGCCAACCUAGCCGUUCGAAAGCACGUCAAAGUGCAAGUAGAUAAAUAGGUACCACUCCGGAGGGAAGGUAAACGGCGUUUCCGUGGGCUGCUCUGGUUUCACCAGAAGCGGCUUAGUCAUGCUGGCCACAUGACCCGUAAAAACUGUCUACGAACAAAUGUCUGUUCCCUCGGCCAGUAAAGGGAGAUGAGCGCCGCAACCCCAGAGUCAUUCACAACUGUCAGGGGUCCUUUACCUUUUUAAUGUCUGCACAACAAGCCUGCAGGCAGGAAAUUGUUAUUACAUCCAUCUUGAGAGUGGGUGUGGGUGUCCGGGAUUGCGGGGAGAGAGACUGAGAAUGACAUGCAUACCUAGUGAGUUCUUGGCCAGUGUGGUGUAGUGGUUAAGAGCAGUAGAUUCGUAAUCUGGGGAACCGGGUUCACGCCUCCGCUCCUCCACAUGCAGCUGCUGGGUGACCUUGGGCUUGUCACACUUCUCUGAAGUCUCUCAGCCCUACUCACCUCACAGAGUGUUUGUUGUGGGGGAGGAAGGGAAAGGAGAAUGUUAGCUGCUUUGGGACUCCUUCAUGUAGUGAUAAAGCGGGAUAUCAAAUCCAAACUCUUCUUCUUCUUCUUCUUCUUGGCAGAAUCAAGAUACAAACGGGAGGCAAUAGCUAGCACACUUCACCACUGCUGUAACUGGUCUUGAUACCUAUAGGAGUAGGGAGAGCAGGAGUGCCAACUUGAAUAAAAUGUUGAGAGGGGGCAGGUAAGCCCCACGUCGCAUGAUCGAUCACAUGAUGUGGUGCACACACAUCAUUUGAAUAGUAAUGCCUAUCAACUUUGGGGGGCCCUGGCCACCUCAAAUAUUUUAUUGUCAAAGCUGAAUCCCUCUCGGCCGCUAGGAGUUGGCCCCUAGGAGGGAGAGACAGGCAAAGGGGUCUCAGAGAAGUGUCUGAGGAUCGCUUUUUAUGUGUUCUGUGGUGACAUCAGUGUGGAAAGAAGUUUACUGCAGGAAACAGUAAAGUUCCCACUGAUGCCUUUGACAAAUUAGCUGGAGAAAAUGUCCAAAGUUUUGGGCUUGAACUCAACGGCCAUGUCAUUUAUUUUAUUCAUUUCUACAAUGCCCUUCUUUGAGAGGAUUCCAAGGUGGUAUCAUUGGGGAAUUCAUCCUGCUGAGAAUGUAACCAAGUUCUUUGGGUAUCCAUAAAACCUAAUAAUUUGCAACUGGUACAGCAACCAGGUUCUAAAUUCUAUUGCACUUCAGCCACCAAAAGCACCACGUCCAGCUGGCAUAAUUUGCUGUUUAUUUGUUAUUCCUUGCCAAGCAAACAGUAAAUCCACACAUCCCAUCAGUUAUCAUCUGCUUCCUGCAGUGGAUGUUUUAUUUCUCCCUAGUGGUGACUUACAAGCAUGAUUUCAGAUCAAAGCCCCCCUCCCCCAGUUUCUUGUAGUAUGCAGAAUUGUUCACACUCCACUAUUCAUCCUCCUUAUUCCUGGCCUUCUCCUUUCACGGUUUGCCUUAGAUGCAUGUUGAUUGUGAAUACUGUUCAGUAUCUACAGUGUGCUCCUCCCAUCUCUCAAAGCGCAGCUUUUCAGUGUAAACCUGAGAUGAGAAGCCAGUUCACACAAUAAAAAGGGCCGUGAGCAAGUAAUAGAUCAAAAUUUUUGUGCCUUUCUGGGCUGGCAGAAACUCCAGUAGUUCUGGGGUGUGUGUGUGAUUUGCUCCAUGCAAACUAGAGCAUUUCACUAACUAGGGACCAAAAAGCACAUGCUAUUCCCAUUACAUGCAAGCAGUCAGACUGAUAUCUCUGGGCCAUGCUCACAGUCUAAGCUGCUUUUUUGGGGGGGAGGGAAAGCAAGAUAUUGUCAGAUAAAUGCUACAGCUGAAUCAUUUGCAUGCAAACUCAGAUAGGUUAGUCUUCAGACGACUUGAUGAUGGAGGCAGGUAGCACGGCUCUGCUGUAGAAUGUGCUCCCUUUUUAUAUAUAGGAGGUCCCUUCUGUAUUAGCUUCCAUUUCUCUGUUUCUUUCUCAAGGCACUUUAGUAUUUCUUUAUUCCAGUGCCUAUGGGGUUUUGGUCUUCUCUUACUGUUGCAAAGUGGAAGAGGGUGCUUUGUCCAUUUUUCUUGCCAGUAAAUGUCUUUCCAGCACUCAGUAGCCUCUCUGGUUGUCUAUGCUUCCUAAUUUGGAAGGAGUGGGGGAACCAUGGGGAAAAUGACCCCUUGAAUGUCUUCUCCUUGGACUUUAAUUGAAGUACGGACACUGGAGAAGGGUGAGACCACUUGUGAGAUGGUUUGUAAAUAAGUCGGGGAGGUGAUUUGCAAAAUGAUAUGGAGAACUCACAAACGUCCCUUAGCACUAAGUAGGGCAAGCAGGCUUUGCAGACCACGCGUGAGAAUUUCACCAAACUGCAAUUUGGCAAUAAUGUUCAAAUGCGAUUUCUUUUUUCCAUAAAUUGAUGGAGGAUUUAUUUAUAUAUAUAUAUUAGCCAGAAGUAAAUUGCUGUAUUUUUCGCUCCAUAAGACACACCUGACCAUAAGACGCACCUAGUUUUUAGAGGAGGAAAACAAGAAAAAUAAUAUUCUACACAGAGCGUGUAAGCAGCUCUCGCUUUUCAUGCUUUAAAGCAAGCACAGCUUCUGUCCCGAUUUGCGCAGCUCUCACUUUGCUUGCCCAUCCUUCCUCCCGCCUCGCUGUAAAGUGAGACAACGCCGGAGCAAGAAGAGGAGGAGGAGACACCGGGACAGGUGCUUUGCUUGCUUUACAGCAAGGCAGGAAGGGGACAGAAGGAAAAAAGUCUGUCUUAUAGAGCAAAAAAUAUGGUAUACAGUGGAACCUCAGGUAAAGUACUUAAUUCGUUCCAGAGGUCUGUACUUAACCUGAAACUGUUCUUAACCUGAAGCACCACUUUAACUAAGGGGCCUCCUGCUGCCACUGCGCCACCGGAGCACCGGAGCACGAUUUCUGUUCUCAUCCUGAAGCAAAGUUCUUAACCUGAAGCACUAUUUCUGGGUUAGUGGAGUCUGUAACCUGAAGCGUAUGUAACCUGAAGCGUAUGUAACCUGAGGUACCACUGUGUAACCUCCACAUUUAGGGAUGCAGGUAAACGUUCAAAAGCCAAAUAGGUAUCAGAGGGUUGACAAAUGUAAACGUUGGGUGGGGUUCAACUAAUGAGUCCGUCAGUGGAAGCUGGCACAAAAACUUCCACUAGCAAAAUGGGGCUUCCUGCCAGCACUGGAAAUUGGGCACGGUGCAGGUAGUUCCCCCCCACAGGGCAACAAGCUGAGGGAGCACAAAAUUGAGAUGAUCCAGAAUUGAGAAAUUACAAUUGACCUCACACAGGGCACCAUAUUAUGAAAGAUGUCAGUUCCUGUUCCCACCUUGCUCCCUAUAUGAGCCUGCAAAAGAAUAUUGGCUUGGGGUAGCAAUAGAACCCCAGAAUAGCAUUUGGGGUGGAGGGGAGAAGGCAGAUCACUCCAUCUGGCAAGCAGAAAUUCUUAAUCUGAAUAAAUUUGUAAAUGUUGAGCUAUGAUUGAAUCAUCAUUUUAACUGUUGAGCAAAACAAACAAAUAUUAGUUCCAUUCCCCAAAUAGACGACUCUGGUGAUAAUAUUCCCUAGUGGUUGGUAUGCCUUUCUCUGCCAUCAAGUAUAACAUCUUUUUUCAUAUACAUUCCCACCCACCUUAUUAUGCUAAGGUAAACUAAAAUUCAAGUAAUGAAAUGCCCCAAAACAACAUAACACUGUUAACAACUGCAGUUGGGCAGGAAUCCAUAGUUCUUGCUGUCAGUGUUAACAGUGUUAGUUAAUUUCAUUAUGUUUGCUUCAAAGAUGGGAUAAAAUAGUUUUCACCAUAUCGAACUGUUACCUUGAAAUGCAUGCUAGUAAAAUGUAAAAGCUCAUUCUUUUUAAAGGAAUGAACAAUUAUUCUAAGAACCAGGAUGUGUGUGUGUGUGGCUAUGAUCACUAAGACUUCCGUUGCACUAAGCUCCUGCUGUAGUUUUCAUGGGCAGAAAAAUAAAAAAAGGGUGAACUGUCCUCACAUUGUGGUUGCCUUAGCCAUAAGCCAGUUUCCCAUCAGUAAAUCUGGCUUUCAGUUUUACAGCCUGUGUACUGAUACUUUAAAAGGGUUGGGCUAUCUUGUUAUCACCAGUGUUUAUGGAUUUUCCCAUGUUGCUUGGGUCUAUAGGCACUUCUGUCCCAGAAACAAGAAGUGGAAUGAAAAGAGAAGUCAUAGACUAAAGUCCUCUUCUUCUUUUUAAUGAAGGUGAAUUGUAUCCCUAUCUAAAUAUUCCAGAUAUGUAAUGACUCUUUUCAAUAAUAGGAAAGGACCCGCACUGUAACUGCAGAUUUCAAAGACAUAGAAGUAUGCAUGUGUGUGUUUUUAAACGAAGAACAAAGCACGAACCCUAUUAGGUUACUCUUUUUGUGCGUUGCACAAAGCAAAUUAGAUUCCCAAUACAGACGACUGUAGUCGAAGAAGAAAAUGUAUCUAGAUAGCAACCAGACAGUGCUCAAGUCAGGGAAAGGCAAGGCAACAUAGUUAUUAUUGGUUGCAUGUAAUUGAUUUUUUGGAUGGGAAGAGGCAAGCGGGCCUUCUGAAGCGAUAAGGUUUCAUGGCUGUUAAGGGUUGGAGCUCAGCCAAAAGCGAGGGGCAAAUACAAUGAAUCCAGCAUCGAGCCAUCUUCCACUUCCCCUCUCAAGCUUAAGUCUGAGGUUGUGACUAAUGAAAACUGAGCUGACUUCAUUUGGGCUAAUGGACAAUAGGGCAUAAUUGUCUCAGAGAGAUACAUUAGGCUUCUUAUCUCUAUGAACCUCUCUCGACUCAUAUCAUUAUAAUAAGACAAUUACACUUACACCGGACUGAAUAAUAGACCAAGAUGUCCAGCGAUGAAUAAUUGUAAUUGAUCAUAGCUCAUUAUGAUCUGAAAUAAUUUCAAGCGGCUUUGUUGGUCUGCAGCAGAUUUGUGGAGCUUCAGCUUGUUGACUGGGACUAGUUUAAAGGCGCUUGUGAGUGCAUUUGCUUAUUUGAUCUAAAUGUUAAAGGUUUGUUGCUUGUAAAUGUACUGUAGAUCCACCAGGUAUUACCACAUGUGUAGUUCCUUAGGUGUAAAGCUCAUUAGCCUUAGGUGUUAAGCUGAUAAGAGCUGGAAUGAAACAAGAAAGCUACUCAACCCAAACUUCUCCCUUCAUACCAUUUACUCACUAGACUUCCCAUUCAAUUAACCUGUGUACACAGGGCAGCAGAAAUACCCUGCAGAAGGUACAUGAACAACAAAUGCCAUCAUACAGCUGAAGCAAGCAUAAUCCAAGAGGAGGCAAAAAGCCUUCCAGAGCUACGAGCAAAGAUGAUCUAGGCAACUCCAACAAUCUGUUGUUUUUGAAAGUGUGGCAAGAAAUGACCGCUCCCCACCUCAAAUGGGGGGCGGUUUGUUCGUGGUCGCGCGCAGCCCCCUUACCCUACGUGAUCCCCGGCAAGUCAGACUGGCUUCACCUCCCCAAGCUGGAUACCUGGAGGUUCCCACCAACCUCAGACAGUUAACCAAUCCCAGCUGGGGAGGUGUUGCCAGGGGAGUUGACCAGGUAGGCUUAGGACCGCCCUGCACACACAAUAGAGGGCAGAACUUACCUGGGAUUCCUCAGUCGGCUCCAGAGCUUCUCCCACCCUGCCCUCCCUCAGUUUAUGCCUUCCUUUUGCAGGUUAACCUCUUUCUUUACAGGUAUGCGGGUGCUGCUACGGUCACUGAUGGUUGCUGUUGAAGGACUGGGAAGGAAUUUCCCUGCAUUGGCAGGUUUUGCCUUCCCCAUAGCAAAAUGUCACAACUUUGGCAGUUUCAGGCCUUGGCAGGAAUCCUUUAUCUUCCCUAAAUGGGGGGGGGGCAUGAAGCGGUGACCCAUGCCCCCCCCAGGUUGGUGAUCCCAGGGUUCCCCAUUAAAGGGGUUGUGUUGCGGGGAGUCACUGGCCAUAGGCCAUUAGGUUGUCAGUACUCUCCCCUGCAUUGUGGCAAAAUGGGGGGCAGGAUCUCUGCUUAAACAUACGUUUUCCAGAGCCAGCCCAACCCCCAGACAGUUUGGAUAACCCUGAU